AUGAACCAGGGCAAGGACGGCUGCUGGGGGCCGGGCCAGCCCAUCAUGGCCGUGGGGACAGGCUGUCACAGACCUUACAGACCCACUGCCCGGUGGUGCGGCGAGGGCCGUGCCUUCCACUGGGAGACACGCCGUUCGGCCGCCAUGCUGGGUUGUGUGGUUGUGUUGCAGAAAGAGCUGGAUACAACGGCCACACAGCUCGCCAACCGACAGGAUGAGAGCGAACAGUCCAGAAAAACUCUCAUCGACCUCAGCCGGGAGUUCAAGAAGAACACACCGGAGGAUCUAAGGAAACAGGUUGCCCCCUUGCUCAAGAGCUUCCAGGGAGAGAUCGAUGCGUUGAGUAAAAGAAGUAAAGAAGCAGAAGCCGCCUUCUUGACCGUCUACAAGAAACUAAUCGAUGUCCCAGACCCCGUGCCGGUGCUGGAGCUCACCCAGCAGCUGCAGCUGAAGCUCCAGAGGAUGCACGACAUCGAGACGGAGAACGCCAAGCUCCGGGAGACCCUGGACGACUACAACAAGGAGUUCGCCGAGGUCAAGAAUCAAGAGGUGACCAUCAAGUCGCUGAAGGAGAAGAUCCGGGAGUAUGAGCAGUCCAUGAAGAACCAGGCGGAGAACCUGGCGCAGGAGAAGCAGCAGCAGCUCCACCAUGACUAUGCAGAGAAGGAGAGGAAGCUUCAGGAGAGCAGAGACUCCAUGUCCUCACGGUUGGAGGAGGCUGACCACAAAAGCCAGUCCUUACAGACAGCACUUGAAACAUCUCAGGCAGAGCUCUUUGAUUUGAAGACCAAGUAUGACGAGGAGACCACAGCAAAGGCUGACGAGAUCGAGAUGGUGAUGACAGACCUGGACAGAGCAAAUCAGAGAGCGGAGGCAGCCCAACGGGAGGCGGAGUCACUGAGAGAACAGCUGACUCUCACCAACCAAUCCAUGCAGCUCGCCGGCCACACCCUCACAGACUCCGACACGGAGGCGGCGGCGGCGGGGGGGACGGACACGGCCUCCCGCUCCAGCCUGGAGGCGGAGCUGGGGGCGAAGGACCGGGAGACGGUCCAGCUGGUGGAGGACGUGCAGAGACUGCAGGCCAGCCUGAGCCGCCUCAGGGAGAGCACGGGCACCCAGAUCAGCCAGCUGGAGCAGCAGCUCAGCACCAAGACCCUGAGCCUCAAGGAACUGGAGGAGAAGCUGCUGAAGCAGGCCGACUAUGAGGAGGUCAAGAAGGAGCUGAGCAUCCUGAAGUCCAUGGAGUUCAGCCCGUCAGACUCUGUGCAGGACUCCUCCAAGCCCCUGGAGGUUCUGCUGCUGGAGAGGAACCGGAGCCUUCAGUCGGAGACCGCCUCUCUGCGCAUCGCCAACACCGAGCUCGGCGGGCCAGCCGGAGGGAAAGGGACAGAGCAGCCCGCCACGAAGGAGGAGCCCUGUCCCCGUGACCCCCCGCCCUCGCCCCCCCCGCCGCUGCCCUCCCUCUGCUCCUCCUCCUCCUCCUCCUCCCAGCUCUUGCACCCUCGCGUUCACUCCGACCCCCUGGGCUCCGGCGCCCCGACCUCCAACGACACACACCCCUUCUCCCCCGCCGGCCUCGGCGCGGACUUCUACUCGCCCUCCUUCCCCCUGGUGGGGGGCAAGAUGGCGCUGAGCUCUCUGCUGCAGCGGCAGCUCCUCCAGACCUUCUACUCCAAAGCGCUGCAGGAGUCGUCCGGGCUGCCCGCCGGCGCCCUGCUCUUCUCCCCCUUCUCGCCCACACUGGGCUCCCUGGCCCCCUCCAACGCCGGCGCCGCCGCCGCCGUCCCCCUGGCGGCCAGCAGCCCCCAGCCGCCGCCCGCCAGCCCGGACGUGGCCACGGUCAACGGCGGCGGCGGCGGCGGCGGCGGCAUGGCGUGCGGCGCCCCCUCCCCAUCCCCCAGCCACUCGGACACGGCCGGGCUGGGGGGCCCCCUCGACGGGGAGGACAUGGACACGGCGGAGAUCGCCCGGCAGGUGAAGGAGCAGCUGAUCAAGCACAACAUCGGGCAGCGGGUGUUUGGCCACUACGUGCUGGGCCUGUCCCAGGGCUCCGUCAGCGAGAUCCUGGCCCGGCCCAAGCCCUGGAGCAAGCUCACCAUCCGGGGCAAGGAGCCCUUCCACAAGAUGAGGCAGUUCCUGGCGGACGAGCAGAACAUCCUGGCCCUGCGCAGCAUCCAGGGCCGGCAGAGAGAGGGCUCAGGCCAGCCCCAGCUUAGCAGAGUGUUUCAGGACGUCCCGAAGCGGAGAGCCCACUCUGAGGCCCCCUCCCACCCAGGCAACAUCACGGCCCGGGUUCGAACCCCAGAGGCCAGCUCGGACGAGGCGAUCAAGUCCAUCCUGGAGCAGGCCAAGAGGGAGCUGCAGGUGCAGAAGGCCGACCUGUCCCACGGGCCCCCGUCCUACGGCGGUCUGAAGGGCGGCGGCGGGGGCGUGAGCAGCGGCUCCGACGAGGCCAUCCGCUCCAUCCUGGAGCAGGCGCGGCGGGAGAUGGAGGCGCAGCAGGCCGCGCUGGAGCCGCUCCUCAAGGCCUCCUCCUCCUCGUCCUCCUCCCUGUCCUCGCUCUCCCACCAGCGGGACUUCAUGGGCUCGCCGCUGGCCGCCACGCUGCCGCCCUACAACCCGCUGGCGCUGUCGCUGAAGAAGGCCCCGGGGGGCGGCGGCCCCCGCGUGGCCGCCUCCUCCUCGCCCACCUCGCCCUCCCCCGUCCUGGACUUCAGCGCCGGCUCCGUGAAGCGGGAGCACCGGGGCUCCUCGGGGGCCGAGUCGCCCGCCGACGGGGCCCUGCGCCGGGGCUCGGAGGGCGCGCAGCCCCGCUCCGGGGGUGGCGGGGGCCACUGGAGGGAGCAGUGGUGGAGCAACAUGCACGGGGACCCCCGGAGGAGCGUGUCCCUGCAGACGGGGGAGGACGGGCACACCCCCGAGGACUCCAAAGAGGGAAUCCUCAGCGACGGCCUGAGCCGACCCCGGCAGUGGAACAAGCCGAGUCAGAGGAGCAGAGAGCCGUACCUCCGCAUGCAGCUGUGGCUCAACGGCGACCAGGGCCAGAACACGCAGGCUCAGCAGCCGCACCACCAAGAGGGAACGCCCAAGACGUCGGCCAGCUGUAGCCCCGCCCCCGAGUCGCCCCUGAGCUCAGCGGAGGAGUCGGUGAACGGCCUGCCGGGGGACCCGCUGGCGCCCCAGUCCUCCGGCGCCAAGCCCCCCUCCGAGGAGCCGUCGGGCGGGGAGUCCCAGCCCGGGACCCCCCUACCUCUCCCGGGGCCCCACUCGGCCCUCAGCAUCCAGGAGAUGGUGGCCAUGUCCCCGGAGCUGGACACCUACGUCAUCACCAAGAAGGUCAAGGAGGUGCUGACCGACAACAACCUCGGUCAGCGUCUGUUCGGGGAGAGCAUCCUGGGGCUGACCCAGGGCUCGGUGUCCGACCUGCUGGCCCGGCCCAAGCCCUGGCACAAGCUGAGCCUGAAGGGCAGGGAGCCCUUCGUCCGCAUGCAGCUGUGGCUGCAGGACCCGCACAGCGUGGAGAAGCUCAUGGACAUGAAGCGCCUGGAGAAGAAAGCCUACAUGAAGCGGCGUCUGAGCUCCCUGAGCGACGCCCACUCGGUGGACGUGGGCGGGGCCAUGGGGCCGGACUUCCUCCAGGGCUCCCAGAGCCCUGGGGGCGGGCCCCAGCAGCAGCAGCAGCAGCACCACCACCACCACCACCAGCAGCAGCACCUGAAGAAGCCCCGGGUGGUGCUGGGGCCGGAGGAGAAGGAGGCGCUGAAGAGGGCCUACCAACAGAAGCCCUACCCCUCCCCCAAGACCAUCGAGGAGCUGGCCUCCCAGCUCAACCUGAAGACCAGUACCGUCAUCAACUGGUUCCACAACUACAGGUCUCGUAUCCGGCGGGAGCUCUUCAUAGAGGAGAUCCAGGCGGCCGGGGGGGCCCGGCCCGGCAGCGAGGGGGGGUCCCCGUCCCUGCGGGGCUCCAAGUCGGGGGAGGGGGACAGCUGCGACGGCACUGAGUCGGACGGCACGGUGGAGGCGGCGCGGCAGGGCUUCGGCCCCGGCCAGGAGGAUCAACGGGGCACGGACCACGACAUGGAGGCCGAGUCCGAGGCAGGGGCCUCGGGUUCCUCCCCGGCCCGGAUAGAGUGCAGCACGCCGGGCUCCAGCUGCGGGCCGGCGGGCAUGGGCCUCUUCAGCCUCACGGAGGCCUCGUCGUCCAGCGGCUCGGGGCCCAGUAAUAACAUCCCGCCCUCCGGGCCGGCCAGGAACCCCAGGGACAACACGCUGCGCAAGAAGAAGGCGGCCAACCUCAAUAACAUCAUCCACCGGCUGGAGAAGGCUGCCAGCAAGGAGGACCCGUCAGAGUGGGAGUUCUAGCUCCCUCUCCCGCCCCCCCUCGCUCACGCUCUCUCUCUCUCUCGUCUCGCACCUCGUCUCCUCGUAACCCCGCGACCUCUAACCCAUGGCCCCCUCCCGCUCUGCCCUCGGACCGGACCGGACCGGAGGGCGGGCGCAGCCAAAGUCAAGCUCAGCAGCCAUUUUUAUUACUCCGACGCUCUCCGUACGGAGGAGAGAAACAAAGAGCGGUUGUUGAACCCGAAGUAAAAAAAACAAAAGAUACACUGAUGUACUAAGAAGAACAGACGAAAAAACAACCGAGAGCCAGAGUGUCUCUCGUCUCUUUCUUUUCUUUUUUUUAACUGAGUUGUUUUUGUACUGAGAAAAGCACUUAGCUGUCCUGCUGGCCCAUGGCCCUGCUGUACCUCUCCCCACUCCCUGCCCCCCCCCCGUCGCCAGCCAGCAGGCCCAGAGUGGCGCCCCCUGGGCUGGGGUAAGACCCACGCAGCUGGGGUCAGCUGGUGGUGGAGGAACCCGGACUCAAAGAGGACGGACAUGCAAGAGGGGCGCGGGAGAGUCCUGAGCGGCCCCUCCCGGGGACGGACUCCGACGGGAGGAGCGACGGCGACAGGAACUCUCAGUACGAGAACCCGCUCUCUUAAAGGGAGACGCGCCCUCCCCCGUCUGCUGAUCACUCCCCCACCUUCCCCUCACACAGUGAGACGCCUCAUUUUUCACACUGUAGAGUGACUGUUACAAAAUCCUUUGCCUUUUAUCACUCGUGUGUGUGUGUGUGUGUGUGUGUGUGUGUUUGGGGGGCUGUGUCCGUGCACGUCGGUGUACACACACCCAGACAGGGCUUGUGUGUUCUCCUCUCCAAGGCAGCAUGUGUUUUAUGUUCUCGUUUCGUUCCUCCUCCAAACUCACUCCCACGCUCUUCCCUCGAGUGAGCUGUACAAAAAAGAAGAAGCGGUUGGCCGGCGCUGCCAUGGUUACGGAAGAACCGAAAGAUGAACUUUGACCCCCGUAGUCUCCCCGUUUCCUGUCCUGCUGACAGCCAUAUGAUGGCCAGAAGGACUCCCCUGGGGUCCCUCACCAAACACAAAGCACUCACCUGAAGAGGAGGAAGGAGGGACUCACCCCCCGACCGCGUCACCCGGCGCCUCCUCUGCGGACGAAGGACGCCCUCGUUUGUUUCUUUCUUUGUUUCUUUUCCUCCUCUUUACGUUUGGAUGGAGCAAUUCGGUUGCCAAUAAGAGAUUGCACAGUCUAUCGACUCUAAAGGGUACAAAAUAGGGAAUUUAAGGAAAAGCUGUUUUUAAAUUAACAACAACUAAAUAUGAAAUGGAAGAAAAUAACAACAGAGAAGAAAAGAAAAAAGCAGAAGAAUAAGCGAGUGCAGUGUUUUAAAAAAAAAAAAAAUAAGAGGGAGAAUGGCCGAGCCAC